GUGCAGGUAUCUGAUGAGGACCGUCAAACACCCGGCGCUGCUCAAAGACCCGGACGUCCUGCAGUUUCUGGAGAGUUCAGAGCUGCCGCGCGCGGUUAGCACUCAGGCGCUGAGCGGCGCAGGGAUAUUGAGGAUGGUAAACAAGGCGGCCGACGCUGUCAACAAGAUGACAAUCAAGAUGAAUGAAGCGGAUGCGUGGUUUGAGGAGAAACAGCAGCAGUUCGAGAAUCUGGACGUCCAGCUCAGAAAGCUUCACGCGAGUGUGGAGUCGCUGGUGUGUCACAGGAAGGAGCUGUCGGUGAACACGGUGUCGUUUGCGAAGAGCUCCGCGAUGCUGGGGAACUCUGAGGAUCACACGGCUCUGUCGCGAGCGCUGUCCCAGCUGGCCGAGGUGGAGGAGAAGAUCGACACGCUGCACCAGGAUCAGGCCUGCAACGACUUCUUCAUGUUCUCCGAGCUGCUGGGAGAUUACGUGCGGCUCAUCACCGCCGUCAAGGGCGUGUUCGACCAGCGAAUGAAAACAUGGGGCAAAUGGCAGGAGGCGGAGAUGAUGCUCCAGCGGAAGAGAGAAGCCGAAGCCAAACUACAGUACGCCAACAAACCCGACAAACUCCAGCAGGCCAAAGACGAGAUCAAGGAGUGGGAAGGGAAAGUGCAGCAGGGUGAAAGAGAUUUUGAGCAGAUCUCUAAAAUCAUCCGGCGAGAGGUUGGGAGAUUCGAGAAGGACAGAGUGAAGGAUUUCAAAGUCGUCAUCGUUAAAUAUCUGGAGUCACUAGUUCACACACAACAGCAGCUAAUAAAGUAUUGGGAGGCGUUCUUACCGGAAGCCAAAGCGAUCGCGUAACCGGACGACGCGGCUCAUCCUCUUCUCUGUUCUCCAUGAAUGAUCCUGCAAGAAAGGCUGCACAGACUUAAUCCAACUCUAAUGAUAGCACUACAAUAAUAAAAAGCAUCUCACUCUCUUCAUCCUUUGUUUGGUGUGUAAAGCUCUUCCCUCGGAUGAUCCCGAGGUGCGGAUGCGUGAGGCGUUAGGCAAUGAUCCGGCAGGGGAAGGCCUUCUGUCUCUGUCCUCCGUCCUCUCGUUUGUACAGAACAAAGCAUUAUUCUCUUGAUCAGUAUUUAAGAAUAUGAAUAAUAACCGCUGAGCUUUGGGCGGCUCGUGCGCUCUGGACUCUGCUACCCGCGCGAGUCCACCUAUACUAUAUACAUAUGUAUAUUUUUUUAUUUUGCUUUGUUGCCUGAAAUUUUUGAACGUUUCAGUUGAUUCAUUGUAACAGAUUUUUUAAUCACAAGUAUUUUUUACUCUACAUUCCUGUGCAACAAUAUCUGAACCUUAAUAAAGGAAUGAAUCUGUAUCAGAA